AGCAGAAGCUACUGCCACCUACCAGGUAGAGCUUCCAUUCACUGCCGCUUUUAUUACUCGCCCGUUGGUACAGUAGGGUAAGUGCAACCUUAAUAUUUAACCUUCCCCUCCUCAAGGUUGUCCGCAGAGCCUCUCACAAAGAACCCUUACCCCGCCAUAUUAUUUCCACGACACGCGUCAUAGGCAACACCCAAAGGACAUCUUACAACGAUGAAAUCAGCUACCUAAGCUAUUUCCACAGCCUACAAGUUGUCCAACAAGCUUCGUCAAACACCCAGAUAAAGCUCCCGAAGAUCUCACAAUGGCCGCGAAUAUGCCAGCAAAGCUUAAGACCGCCGACCUGACGAGGUUCGUGGUUCGUGCUGGCCAACUGGAAACUGCGAAGCCAGUAAUAGCAUAUUGGUGUAUAUGCUCCUGUUGUCUUGGCUUCCUCCAGCAUCUGCUAAUAAUGCGGCAGGCGAAUACUGGAUCGUCAAUCAGAUCCUCUCCAAAGGUCUACACAAUGGCGAUGCGGAAACACUGGAAUAUACCACAACCUUGAUAAAUAAGUUGGAAAAGGUACGCAGAAUUCGACAACACCUUGGGUUUAGUUGGGACAUGUACUGAAAAUGGGGUGGGAGUAGAUUAAGGCGGAAAAUCCAACAAACGAUGCGAUAAUCGACGAUGUUACUGGACAAGCAUAUGUAGAACAGUUUGGAUUAGAGACCUUUCAGAGGGCAGAUCGUGCAGUACAAGCGAAUAAAGUAACCAAGUCAGUCAAUACACCUAGACCAUCUUCAGCCGAAUAAGUUCUAAUAAUAUUUCAGACAAACGGCGGAUACCUUUCAAGCUGCAUCGACAUUUCUAGAACUGGUCAAUAUUUGGGGAGAACCAGAUGCCGAAACCCGAGCGAGGAUCAAAUAUGCGAAAUGGAAUGCUGUCAGAAUUGUGAGAGCAUUGAAAGAAGGAAAAGAUCCCAACGAGUCAAAUCCCAAACCGGGACCAGCUCCUGAGGAGAAUCUACCAGCAUUAGAUCCAAACGAUCCCGAAGUUCAACUUCUAGGAGUAACUACCAAACCACGGCAAGCAUGCGUGGAAGAGGUACCGGAUGAGCAGGAUUUAUUGGAUGCACGACUUUCAAGACAAUCGUCUAUUGAUAAAUCUUUACACCCAUCCGCCCAAGUCUCAGCACGUGGAUCACCUGGUGCUGGUGAUGCUAAACCUUUCGAUCCCUGUCCUCGAGAUGGUUUCCCUUAUAACGUCGUUCAAGACGAUAAUGUAUCCCCAUUGGAAUCACCAAACGAUAGACAAAGUUCAGUUGGCGGGGGAUAUUUCCCAGAAGUACCCACCUUCACAUCAGAAACACAAGAUGCAACACUACCAACAGCACCUCCAGAAGAUGUAAUGGAUUUAGGUUUACCAAAUCAUCCCUCCAACCCCCCAGGAAUUUCUUCUCCGCCUUUCGAAUCUUUCCCUCCUCCAACAAUAAAUCCGCCCCAACCUCAAGCACCUCCCAGUCCUCCACCACAACAAUUCCACCAACAGCCUCCACCCGUUCAAGCCCCUGUUCAACCCUCUCCAUAUCCCACAUACGCACCACCUCGACAGCCACAAAUCCCUCCCGUCCCACAGCCACAGUAUCAACCGCCUCCUAAUUCACAAACCCAACCUGUGCGAUACAAUACGGAUGACGCCUCGAUAGCGAAGGCACAGAAACACGCCAAAUUUGCCAUUAGUGCCUUGAAUUUCGAGGAUCCUGCGACGGCGGUGAAGGAACUGAGAAAUGCUUUGCAGACUCUGGGAGCGCAGUAA